GACAGAGCAGGUUAGUGGGAUCUAUCCAUGCAAGGAAACCCUGAAGAAAGGAGAGGACAACAGAAUCUACUUCAUAACCUGGAUUUUGGUUUGCAUUUUUUUUUUGUUUGUUUUUGGACUCAUCCUGAUCCGCUUCUUCCUGCUGAUCGGCAUUAUCUCUCAUUAUUGCAAUCGGACUCAUCUCCUUUUGUUUCGCGCUGCGGUUUUGUCCAACUUCUGCCUCCCUCUUUCAGCGCAGAGGAGGCGCUUCAUUUCUGCGUUUUUUGUGUCGUCCUAAACGGAAUGAAUGACCAAAACAAAGGAGGUUGAUGUCCAUAAUUCUCCGACUCACCUCGCCUUCGCCUCGCCCAAGGAACGGAGACUCCAUCUCCGGCAGAAGAUGGAAAGCGGCGGGACGGAGGCGCAGCAGCAGCAGCAGUCACCCCGGGCUGAAGCGGCUGCGCUCCCCGCGGCGCAGCGCGCUCACACCGGCGACAAGAAGAAGGUAAACCGGGCACCCUCUCCGGCGAGACCGAAGGAUGUACCCGGAUGGUCGCUAACGAAGAUCCGCGGAGGGAUCGGGUCCGCCUCGCUGAGCGUCAAACCCGGAGCCAUCCAUCUGGGCAGCCGCGUUUCCAGGCGGAGUCCCGUGGGUAGCCUCACUGGGAAGGACGGCAAAGCCGAGAGGGGGGGCGGUAAGCCGGCAGGAAAAUCCUCCCCGCUCUCCAAGACUUCGGCUUUCAAAGCGGCGAAAAGCGGCAGCGGUCGGAGGAAAGUGUCGGACGCCAGCACGGGAUCCGAAGACCUCUCCAAAGACUCCGGCUGCGCCGCAGGGAAGCUGUCCCCCACAGACAGCAGCUCCGAGCUUUCCGACUGCGCGUCCGAGGAAAACAAACUGUCCGCGGAUGCUGCGAGCAGCGACGCGGAGUCCAGGAGCAGCAGAGGUCCAGAAGGAGAGCAGCCGCUCAGGGACAGAGCCGCUCAGAGCAGCUGCUCCAGAGACGACAAGGACCGACUGUGUCUGAGCAUGGAGGCCGGGGAGGAGAGCAUCUCACCCGGCGAGGAGAGGUCGGUCACCUCGAUGGAGAGCAGGGUUCCUGCCAGCACAUCCCUGGCUUUCUCAGACCUCACAGAGUUCACUGAUGGCAUGCAUGAGGAAUACCUCAGGGAAAUAGAAGAGCUCAGAUCUGAAAACGAUUACCUCAAAGAUGAGAUGGAGGAGCUGAGGUCUGAGAUGCUGGAAAUGAGGGACAUGUACAUGGAGGACGAUGUCUACCAGCUGCAGGAACUGCGCCAACAGCUGGAGCAGGCAAAUAAAACCUGCCGUAUCCUGCAGUACCGCUUGAGGAAGGCAGAGCGGCGCUCUCUCCGCGUGGCUCAGACGGGGCAGGUGGAUGGAGAGCUGAUUAGGACGCUGGAGCAGGAUGUGAAGGUGGCAAAGGACGUCUCCAUUCGUAUCCAUAGCCAGCUGGACAGCGUGGAGAAGAAAAGGGGCCGCCUGGAGCAGGAGAAUGAAGAGCUCAGAGUCCGGCUGCAGGACCUGGAGGUCGCUAAACAGGUCCUGCAGCAGGAGAUGGACAAGAACUCCCAGAAGAAAAGAGCAGUACGAACCAGCAACAAACUGGACAAGAAGCCUGCUCCCCAGGAGGACAAUUCAGACCUGAAGUGUCAGCUCCACUUUGCCAAAGAGGAGUCAGCCCUGAUGUGCAAAAAGCUGACCAAGUUGGUGAAGGACAGCGAGGCCAUGAAGGAGGAGCUGGCCAAGUACAGAUCGCUAUAUGGAGACAUCAACACCUCACUCACUGUGGAGGAGGUUGCUGACUCUCCGCACACUCGAGAAGCUGAGGUCAGAGUUCAUCUAAAGCUAGUGGAGGAGGAGGCCAACCUGCUGAGUCGACGCAUCGUGGAGCUGGAGGUCGAGAACAGGGGCCUCCGAGCAGAGAUGGACGAAAUGAAGGGCAGUCAAGACGGCCCUCAAGAGCUUUCUGGUGUUGGUGGUGGUCAGGGGGGAGGGCUUGGCCUAACAGGAGGGGCCGUGGUGCUUGGUGGAGGCGCCUCAUCUGAAAACGUUAUGGAGCUCCAGAGGCACCUCCAGUUUGUGGAGGAGGAAGCUGAGCUGCUGAGACGAUCUCUGAUUGAGAUGGAGGAACAGAACAAACUCCUGAUGAAUGAGAUAAAUCGUUAUAAAUCUGAGCUCCCACCUGCAACCUCCACCCUAUCCUCCGAGUCACUGAUGUCUCUGACCGACGGUCUGCUGAAUGACUCGGUGCAGGACGGGGCUGUGCUCAUCAGCACCGACACUCCGACCCCCGAAGAGGAGCUGAAGCUGGCGAGGCUUCAGAUCGGAGAGAUGAGCGGCAAAAUGAAGAAACUGCAGUAUGAGAACCGCGUACUGCUGUCCAACCUGCAGCGCUGCGAUCUCGCCUCUUAUCACGCUCCUUCCUCCUCAUCCUCCUCAUUAAGACUGGCUUUAGAAACAGAUGCAGAAGCAGGAGACUCAGCCGAGUGUCUCCCUCUCAGCCCACCCCAUCGCAAAGAGCCAGUAGGAGGAGAGAACGAUGCCAUUGAGAUGGAUGAAGAGAAAAAGAAGAUUGAGGACAACGCUGAUGCAACGACCUCGCUCUCUGGGUGCCUGGGGCAGAAGGACCGCGAUGCCUUGUUGGCCAUGAGGGAUCAGGCUCGUUUGGUUUCCACUGCUAUACAGCUGCUGACCUCCCCCGAGUCCAGCUGCCUGCCCUCCUCCUCUCCUUCCUUGUAUCACAAGGUCUGCAGCAAUGAGGCAGCAGAGCCGUGUGACCUGGAGAAACCUCAGCCUCACUGUCAGAUCUCAGAGCUGUCUGAUUUGGCAGACCGCCCUCUGGUUGGUGCUCUAACCAGCAGGCUUCAAGCUCUGCACACCCAGCUGCAGGCCUUUGUUGAGCAGGUAGACGGUCUGGCUAAACCUCCCCUAGGGGGAAGGGAUGGUCAGGUAGAAGGAGCAUCCCCCCCAGCAUCACCUUGCACCUCCUUACCCUGCUCUGGAGAUAACGAGGAAAACCAACCGGAGGAAAAGCAGCCUGAUUGUAGGGACCAAUCAGAUCCAGACGAGAAAGAUGAAACUAACGAGAGCAGCCAAACUGUCAGCAACCAGACAGAAAAUCAGGAAGCCAGCCAGACGGAACAGGAGGAGAAGGAGAUGGAUCAUCCCACGUCUGCACAGGUCUCUGACCUCGGGGAGCAGAUGUCCCUAGAAAAGGAGUCAGCUGGAGAAGCUCAGGAGGAGCUGCGCAAAGAGAGACACAACCACAGAGAAGUCAGUCUCAGACUUUCACAGCUCCAGGAGGAGCACCAGAAGGCUCUGCUCCGACGGGACUUCCAGCUUCAGAGCCUGGGCCUCCAGGCUCGGCUUCAGCAGAAGCUGUGGAGUCAGGAGAGGAAUCUGCUGGUUCAGGAGUCCCAGCACCUGAAACAGGCCCUGCUGCUGCUCAGCCUGAAACUCCGCUGCUUCCUCAAACAGUGGAGGCUGGGCUGCCAGAAGGAUGCAGAGGGGAAAGAUGUUUUGGAGAUGAACAGUCUGAAGGAGUUGUAUCUGCUGCUGGAGGAGGAGAGCCUGCCAAACCCCACGAACGCAGCAGAUAAGAGAGCCUCUGCAGACGAGCAGCCGCUCAGCCCCACAAUAAAGUCGAGUGCAGUGAGCAACACUUUGGCAGACCUAAAGGUUGCUCUGCAGGACCUGAGUGGAGAGUUGAGACAAGAGAGACAAGGCUCCCAGGAACUCACUCAGCAGUUUGCAAAGGCCAAAGCGUCGUGGGAGGUGGAGAGGACCGAACUAAAGAGCCUCAUCACGCAGUUUGAGACUAAAAUGGGCAAAACAACAGCAGCCAUGACGGCAGCUGAAACCCUGGACCCUCUGGACCUGAAGGCGGCUCUUAAAAAGGAACGUGAGGAACACCAGCACCUCCUCGCCGAGUCGUACGCAGCCGUGAUGGACUUAACCAAACAGCUUCAGAUCGGAGAAAGGAACUGGAGCAGAGAGAAGCUGCAGCUGCUGGAGAGGUUCAGCCAGGAGAGAGCUCAGUGGGAACAGAGACUGAGAGAGGCUAGCAUGCAGCAGGAGAAGACGAAGCCUCCAGGCGAAGAAGUCACAGUGGACACAGCUGUUGUUAAUGGAUCAGCAUCACCGAGGGUGAAAUCAACAGUGGAGGAUUCAGAGGUUAAUAAAUCCACCUGUGAGAAGGACAAAGCGCUGUUUGGUUCAUUGCCUCUUUUUACUCGAGCCGAGUUAGGUGACAUAAGUGUGAAGAACUGGACCAGCUUAACCAAUGAGACCCCAGAGGUUCCUGAUACUUGUAAAACCUGGGACGGUCCCAGCGGCUCCUCCAGCAGCUUCACAGCCUCCGACAUGGAUCUGGAUUUUGUGCGGAGGAGCUGCACCGCUCCGGACCGGACCGGCAUCCGUAUCUACUACAGCCCUCCUGCUGUGCGGCGAAUUGAGCACCGGAGGAGACACCAGGAGUCUUUAGAUGCGGAUCACUCAGGCAUUGGGAGCUCCUCUCUGAAACACAAUGACACGGAUGACGGCGUAGCUUCACUCAGUGCUCUUGAUGCUCAGCAGCAACAGCCUGCCGUGUGUUUUACAUCUUCUUACGAGCAGUGGCUCAGUUCGCUGUCCAAACAGCACCGGGAGCUGCUGGAGAGCAGGAGCAGCAGCAUUUCCACCUCCAUGCCGAGUGUGUUCAGCAGCAGUGUCAGCAGUGGGGCGGUUAACAGAGCGGUCGAUGGGAGGACGUCCUCUUCUCCCUUCCAGGACCUGGAGAUCGGAGACAUUGCCGCCAACUUAAGCGAUGACAUGAAGGAAAUGACUAACUGUGUCCGCCAAGCUAUUCGCUCUUCUUCUCUGGAGAGGAAAUCCAGCAAGGAGCCUGUUAGUCAGCCUGUUGGAGUAUGCAGCAAGUCUACCCAGACUGUCGCCCAGAGCAUCAGCAUCGGGCUGCAGACAGAGAGCCUGGCCAGCAGCAGGGGGGCCGGGCUGCACACCAAAGCCUGGUCCCCUCGUCCGUCAUCAACAACAACCUCCUCACUGGCGUCGGUCCGAACUCGGCAGAUCUCAACAUCACUGGAUAAGGUGCACAGCCGUAUCGAGAGGCCUUGCUGCUCCCCUAAAUAUGGAUCACCUAAACUCCAACGAAGAGGAUCUUCUGGUUCCACUUCCAGACUGGACGGGGCUUCCUCCAGCAGGGACCGCAGCAUGUGGAGCCUACAUCAGAGGCCCAUCGGUGGGGGCGGCGGCUCUGCUUGGGCUCGCUCCACCACCACGAGGGACAGCCCCGUCCUUAACGGCCUUACCGACGGCCUCUCCAGCCUUUUUAGCGUGGUGGAGCACUCUGGAAGCACAGAGUCGCUCUGGAGGAGUGAAAUAGGACCAAGCCAGACCGCCAGUCCCGCUCGGCAGCCUCCCGCCGCAGGAAAACCCUCCGGCGCUGUGGUUUGUGGACCUGACUCCAGCUCUCAGCGCUAUGGAGGGUUGGUGCAGGAGUUCUUCAGGAACGUCUGCAGCAGGCCCAGCCCAGGCGGGGUCCACCUCCCUGCGGAGAGACUCCAAAGGGACUCGCUCGCCGUCCUGGGAGGAGUGGGCAUCAUGGGGAGUUUGAACAGCUUGGAUGAACCCACGGUCGGAGGGGCUGCUGCGUUGGCUGGAUUGAGUGGAGGCAGCGACAGCGUGACCAGGAUUGUUAACAAGAGGUUUAUGAGGCAGACGACUGGUGAGGAGAUGAUCAGCAUCCUGGGAGGAGGAAAGGAAGCAGCCAGCAACAGCAUGGCUGCAGCACCAGGAGUAGAGGAUGCACCCUGUGAUUGUGCUGCUCCGUCCUCCUGCAUCGUCCGAUCAUCCAGAGCAGCCUCUCGCCACUGCAAGCACCGGCUGCAGGAGUCUCCAGCCGGAGCAGAGGAGAAGGGAGACGCCUGCAACGAGUGAUGAAAACACGCAGCACAUAUGGAGGAAAUUCGCUUCUUCACCAACACUACUGCCAUGGAAACGCUUUCCCUCACCUUCCAGAGCACCGAACGCACACAAAACCCCUAGAACCUGCCACACAGGGCCCACUGCCAAACCCUAACACAGCGACAGCACAGACUGCCUCAUUGAGCUACUGCCAUCUUAACAAAACCAUGAGCAGAACCCAGGCAACAGCGCUCCGUUUUCUAGAAGAGCAACCGAUGCCAAGGACACACCCAGCACCCCAAACCUACCAGCAGGACUGAAACCACAUAUAUCCUCUCUCUCUUCUAACAACAAUCAGCAGCUUACAGUAAAUAAUGAUGUCAAUCUGCAAAACACAACCUCCGUAUCUCAGAUUAAAGGGUACUUCGAUCAGUCUGCUACAUUUCACAUCAUACAUUCACCCUGACAUGAUUUAAUACUCCUGAUCUGAUGUUUAGGUGUAACUUUGGGGAAUAUGAGCAAAGACGGACAGACUAGAGCUGAAAAAUUUGAUAUUUUUCAUUGAAUUAUCCAGUCAAGAUCAUUUCACAGCGAAUGGAUUUGUUCCUCAAAUUGGUUUGUUUAACACAAUUAACCUCACAAAUCUAAAAGAAAUGCCAGAUAUUAACGAGACACUGCAGAGUUCUGUGCAAUGUGUCUUCAUAGGGUGUGAUAUGCUAAAAUAUUUUGAUUUAAUCAGUCAAAUGAAGGAUGUUGGAGCCU